AUGGGCCGAAAUCUCAAAACUGUGCCGUUGAAAUGGUCAGUUCAAACUGGUGGCAGUAUGAAAUGGCUACCAGCGGUAAAUCGACUUUUUAUUAAACGGCGUACAUGCACAACAUUCAUUCCAAAACCUGAGAAGGGUUCGGAUGAAAAAAAUCAAAGAGAAAAUAGAUGUGGUUGUAAACGUUUGAAACGAGAACAUAGCUGGGAAAUGCCUGAGAUUGAAUUGCUCAGAGAUCCACAAGAUUCAAAAUGGGAUGCAAAAAAACAUACAAAACCAGCGUUUAACAAUGCAUACGGACAAAUGCCCGAAACUAAUGUUCCAUACAUUCGAUGUGAUAUAGAAACGAAACCUGAUACGUUAGCUGAGUUGAUGUUUAAAGAUUGGGAAAUGCGUGAGCCAAAAUUGAUUAUGUGCAUUAUUGGUGGAGCAAAAUAUUUCAAAUUAAAUGAAAGACUUGAAAAAGAAUUUAUUAAAGGAAUUAUUCAAACAGCAUUAAGAGCAGAUGGAUGGAUAGUCACAAAUGGUUUUAAAGUUGGUGCUGUUCAAUUAGUGGGUGAUGCUAUUUAUGAAAAUAAAUUGACAAAUCCAAAAAGUGAAAUUAUUGCAGUGGGCGUCAGUAAAUGGGGAUCUGUGAUAAAUAGAGAAUCAUUGCUAAAUAAAAAUAAUACGGAGAAAAAGACAAAAAAAGGCGUAACAAAUGAAAAACGAAAAGGCGCACAAGAAUUAGAAAAGAAUCAUACUCAUUUUUUACUGCUUGACGAUGGAAUGUUAUAUGAUUAUGAUACUAAAGAUUAUCGAACAAGAUUUGUUACAGCAAUCUCAAGGAGAUUUUGUACAGAAACUCAACGCAAUGUAGUACCAGUUGUUACUAUCGUUGUGGAAGGUGGUCCUGAUACUCUAUAUACCAUCUAUAACGAUUUAAAACACGGAAUUCCUGUUGUAUUGAUUGAUGGAAGUGGUCGUGUACCAAACUUACUCGCAAAAUUUUUAGCUCGUACAAAAAAUUUAGUCUAUGAAAAAGUUGAUGGAGAAAAAUGGAAAGAAAUAUUUGAUAUCGACAGCGCUGAUUCAAAACAAAUACUUCGGCAGCGAUUUUAUGCUUAUGAAGAGGAGAUUAACGAUGGUCUUGGUCAGAUAACAGGUUCCAAGAAAAGUGACAAAGACAUGGAAGACUUGUUAUAUCGGUUUUUAUACUGUCUUCAGCCAGCAUUACGAUCACACAUUAAAUCCUUUAGUCUAGAUAGUGAUCGUCCUUUAGCUGAAACGAUAUUCGAAGCAAUUAUUGAAGCACGUCAAAAAACGAGUCCUAACUCAACUGCAGAUCGUAUACAGUUGCUACAAUUAGCGUUAGCAUGGGAUUGUAUAGAAGUUGCAAAAGAACACAUUAUUAAAAAUAAUGUUGAUGAUUUCAAGCUUGAUGCAGAAGAAAAGUUAUUUAUAGAAGCUCUAGAAUUAGAUCGUCCAGCAUUUGUUAAUACAUUUAUUAAAUUGGGCUUUGAUUUACAAAAAAUGUUUUAUCAAUACGAUCAGCAAGAUCAAAAUAAGCAAUGGAAAUUAAAAUGGAGUGUCUUAAAAAAAUUAUACAAUGAAGGUGAUAAACGAAAGCAAGAACGUCUUCAUUUACUUGGAAAAGUUCGUUCUCACAUUCAUUCGCCUGAAGAUCUCGAUAAAAUUAUACGAAUAUUAAUUGGUGAUUAUAUGAAACCACUUUAUACAAAAUUAAAUAAUUUCAAUAUAUGGAAACGCAUAGAAUCAUAUAAAAAUAUUUCACCAGAAAAUCAUAAUCAUAUUGAAUUGUUAGAUUUACCCAAUGACGAAGAGUAUAGAUUAGAAGAAGAUAAAGAGAUAUUUGAAAAUAGUCAAAAUACCACAUUAGUAUUAGAAUACGUUUAUAGAGAUUUAUUUCUAUGGGCAAUAUUAACCUAUCGAGUUGACAUGGCCAAAGUGAUAUUAUCCCAUAUGAAAACUCGUAUAUGUGCAUCAUUAAUAGCAUCAAAAGUAUUUAAAAAAUUUCAUUCAACAUAUGCAGCUGAUAAUGAUUCAAAAGAGACACUAAAACAACAAGCUGAUUUAUUUGAAACUUAUGCUUGUGAAUGUUUAAAAUGGUGUUAUAAUUAUGAUGAGGAGAAAGCAUGUGAAAUAGCUAUUAGACGAAUUAAAUUAUUUGGUGGUGUUUCGUGUAUACAAGUUGCUGUUGAUGCUGAUGAUAAAGAAUUUGUUGGACUACCAUGUUGUGAUCAAUUAUUAACAAAUAUUUGGUACGAUAAAAUUGAUCCCAUUCAAACACAAAUGAAAAAGAAAUUACCAGUCCUAUUUAGUAUACUUACAUUUGGAGUAUUUGCUCCUUUUAUUGUUAAAUUUCGAACAGAACAAACGGUAGAAGAUCAAACAAAACAAAAUGAUAUGAAAGUUAAUGAAAAUGAACAGUUAGAACAUCUAUCCGCUCGAGAACAACGUGCAUUAGUGAGAAGGUUGAAUAAAAAUUGUGUAAAUUAUUCUGAUAGUCAUAAAUGGAUAUCAAAAAACUAUCCAUCAUCUUUAUUGAGCUAUUUUCGUCAUUUGAAACAUUUUCAUGAAGCACCAUUAAUCAAAUUUUCAUAUAACAGUGCAUCAUUCAUUUUAUUUUUGUUAUUCUUCAGUUAUUACAUGUUAUUUGCAUUUGAUCCGCCGAGUGACGGUAUUCCAAGUAUUCAUUGGACUGAAGUUGUUGUCAUUAUUAUCAUUUCAACAAUGUUAAUCGAAGACAUUAGACAAUUUAUUUGUCAAGAUAAUUUAUUUAUUGGUGGAAAAAUACAUAAUUAUUUUUUGGCAAGUCGAUUUUUCAAUAUAAUGAGUGUUGCUGCCUAUAUUUUAUUUUAUGUUGGAUUAAUAUUAAGAUUUCAAAAUGCUUAUGAUCAAGAUUCAUUUUCAGCUGCAAGAAUAGCACUCGCUUACGAUUUGGAAAUUUGGUUCAUAUGUUCAUUAAAAUUCAUUGGUGUUGCUCAAAAAUUAGGACCAAAAUUAGUCAUGAUUCGAAAAAUGAUAAUUGAUCUCUUUUUCUUUACAUAUAUAAUUUUGAUUGCCAUGUCAGCGUAUGGUAUAGCAUCUCGAGCAAUGCACUUUUAUGGAACAUUUGAUUUUGAUGGUCGAGCAAUAUUUCGAAAUAUCAUUUAUCCCGUUUAUUAUUUUAUGUACGGAAGUUUCGAUGAUGAACGACAACUACUUGAUGCAGACGGUUAUAACAACUCAACAGCAAUUGCUACGCAAGUUCUACUGGCAUUUCACAUGUUAUUUGUCAAUAUUCUAUUAAUUAAUCUAUUGAUUGCUAUGUUCAGUUAUACAUUUCAACAAGUUCAAGAUCAUACAGAUUUAGUGUGGCGUUAUGAACGAUAUACAUUAAUUCGUGAAUAUUUUGAUCGACCUACAUUGUUUCCACCUUUUAUUAUUAUUUCACAUAUUUACGAACUAAUCAAAUACAUCUAUAGACGUUUACCAACUAACAGACAGCAAUCAUUUGGACGAAAAUCAGAAGCAAAAACUUUUAAAAUGAUUGCUGCUAAUAAAAGUGUUGAAAAAGACUGGACUGAUUUUGAAAGUUAUGCAACAAAUGUUUAUGCAAGAUCUUUACUUACAUCGCAACCAACAACAGCCAUCGUACCAUCAACUACAAAUUCUCAAGAGGCUGCCGGUGAUAUUCAGACAUCAAUGAUGACAGAUUUUAAACAAUUAAAUGAAGAUGUAACAUCGAUGAAAAAAGCUGUUAUUGAUUUACGAGCACAUGCAGAAGAAGUAAGUACUUGCAUGAAAUGGAUGAUGGAAGCUAUGAGCAGAGUCAAAAUGUCAAAGGAUCCACCACCACCUCUCAAAUUGUCCGUAACAACGACCGAUCUCCGUAGUGAUACAUAA